AUGGAAGCUGCGAAACGUUGGUUUGGAAAGCUCCACCCCAAAGAGAAGUCCAAGGCUUCAAGCAAGAAGAAUGAGCCUAAGCCUAAUGGGAAAGAAGGUUCAAAAGUACCAAUGAGUGAGGAAACUCCUUCGAAUGCCACUAAACAGAAGGUAGAAGCUGCUAAGCAGUAUAUAGAAAAGCAUUACAAAGAUCAGAUGAAGAGUAUGCAGGAAAGGAGGGAGCGGCGUAACAUGCUAGAGAAAAAACUUGCUGAUUCUGAGGUGUCUCAGGAAGAGCAGAACAAUAUUCUCAAGUACCUAGAGAGAAAAGAAAGAGAAUAUAUGCGGCUGCAGAGGCGGAAAAUGGGUGCUGAUGACUUUGAGCCUCUAACCAUGAUUGGAAAGGGUGCCUUUGGAGAGGUUAGAAUCUGUAGGGAGAAGUCAACUGGCCAUGUUUACGCAAUGAAAAAACUUAAGAAAUCAGAAAUGCUUCGUCGAGGCCAGGUUGAGCACGUAAAAGCAGAAAGGAAUUUACUAGCAGAAGUCGACAGCAACUGCAUUGUCAAGCUUUACUGUUCUUUCCAAGACGAAGAGUAUUUAUACCUAAUAAUGGAAUAUCUUCCUGGGGGAGAUAUGAUGACUCUACUGAUGCGUAAAGAUAUAUUAUCAGAAGAUGAAGCCAGGUUCUAUGUAGGGGAAACUGUUCUUGCGAUUGAAUCUAUCCACAAACACAAUUAUAUUCAUAGGGAUAUCAAGCCUGAUAACUUGCUCCUUGAUAGAAAUGGACACAUGAAGCUGUCUGAUUUCGGAUUAUGCAAACCACUGGAUUGCAGUAAUAUUCAAGAAAAAGAUUUCUCUGUAGGGAAUAACUAUAGUGGGGCCCUUCAAAGUGAUGGGCGGCCUGCAGCACGAAAACGCACUCAGCAAGAGCAACUUCAGCACUGGCAGCGCAAUAGGCGGAUGCUCGCCUACUCAACUGUUGGUACACCUGAUUAUAUUGCUCCGGAAGUGUUACUGAAGAAAGGUUAUGGAAUGGAAUGUGAUUGGUGGUCUCUUGGAGCUAUCAUGUAUGAGAUGCUUGUGGGUUAUCCACCAUUCUAUUCCGAUGAGCCAAUGUCUACAUGUAGGAAGAUAGUGAACUGGAGAACAUAUCUGAAAUUUCCAGAAGAGGCGAAGCUAUCAGUGGAAGCUAAGGAUCUUAUCUGUAAACUCUUGUGUAAUGUAGAUCAAAGGCUUGGCACUAGAGGUGCUCACGAAAUUAAGGCUCAUCCCUGGUUCCAAGGCAUGGAUUGGAACAAAUUAUAUCAAAUGAAAGCUGCUUUCAUUCCGGAAGUUAAUGAUGAACUAGACACACAAAACUUCGAAAAGUUUGAAGAGUCUGACAGUCAAAUCCAAUCAGCUACAAAAUCCGGCCCCUGGAGGAAGAUGCUUUCGUCUAAGGAUGUCAAUUUUAUGGGUUACACGUACAAGAAUUUUGAAAUUGUUAAUGAUCACGAAGUACCGGGAAUAACUGAGCUGAAGAAGAAGAGCAACAAACCCAAAAGACCUACCGUGAAAUCCCUCUUCAGUGACGAGUCGAACUCAUCAUCCACACAACACUCACAAGGAAGUUUCCUUAAUAUGCUACCCACAAUAUCAGAUACCUCAACGAAAGGCGAAUACUGA